AUGGAAAUAAAUGCUGCAUGUCCACUAAAGAAACUUAGGCAGAGGAAAAGCAAGACCUAUGUUAACUACAAUGACAUAGAAAUUACCCAACUAAAGCAGGACUAUCUUCAGUUGCUUCGUAUGUAUGAAUUGACAGGGCUAGAGAGAAACAGAUCUGCCAUGGCUAGUAAAAAGAAGCAAUAUGACCUAAGACUGAGGAAAUUAAGGCAAGAGAGUGCAGCAAACCAUAUACAGCAGUCCAGCAAUAAAUCCAAAGCAGCUUGGGAGAUAGUGAACUCUGAGAGGGCUACAAAAAGAGGGGAGAAGAACAAUCCACUCAUCAAAUUAAUUACUGAAGGGAAAACCAUAGAAAAACCUGAAGACAUUACAAAGCUUAUUCUAACAGACACAACUGUGAGGGAAGUUGAAGAAAUCAUCUCCUCCCUGAAGAAUAAAACCUCCAGUGGUCUAGAUGAAAUCUCUGCUAAGCUAGUAAAACACUGUGCUGAAACAAUCAUUGCUCCUCUUGUUGAUGUUAUCAACAAAUCCUUCAAAAGCGGCAUUUUCCCCUCGGCUCUCAAAGUAUCAAAAGUGUACCCAAAACUGAAGAAAGGAGUCUCAACCAACCUCAGUAACUAUCGCCCCAUUUCAAUAAUUCCCACCUUUUCCAAAAUCUUUGAGAAAAUCGUCCUGAAGAGACUCAUAGACCAUUUGACACAACUUGACCUCGUCACUGACUGCCAACAUGGUUUUUUAAAGGGUAGAUCUACAGCCACAGCCUUAACAGACCUAGUAGAAUUUAUUAUUGAUCACAUUGACAAAGGCAAAUACACCACUGCUGUUCUCCUUGACUACUCAAAAGCGUUCGACUGCCUUAGCCAUGAUAUCAUUCUUGACAAGUUAGAGGCACUAGGGGUCCAGGAAACUGCUAAACACUGGUUUGAAAGCUAUCUCAGAGGACGGAGUCAACUGGUAGAGCUCAGUUACAUGGAAAAUGGUGUUACUCGAACAGACUACAGUUUGGUGGUGAUGUACGCAGAUGACACAACCCUUUUACUGAAAGGAGACACACCAGAGGACAUCAGCAUCAGUGCAUACAUUGCCCUAAACAUGACAUACGACUACUGCCUUACAAAUAACUUGGUAGCAAACCCUUCUAAAACAAAACAGAUCAAUUUCAGCAGAAGAGGUGAACAAAUCCCGGCCCUUCCUGAUAUUGACCUUGCAGACCAAACUGACCUUUUGAGUCUCACUCUAGACUCAAAUUUGACAUGUGGCCCACAUGUUGACAUCCUGUGCAAGAAACUCAACUCUGCUCUCUAUGUAAUAAGAAGAAUUAAAUGCAUCAGCAACAUAGAAGCAGCAAAGAUGGCAUACUUUGCUUUAUUUGAGACAUACUUGAGACAUUCAUCAAGAAUCCCCGUUGCGAGACAUAGGACAGCUCUUUAUGAAAGAAAACCAUCAUUCAUCGGGGCUAAACUCUACAACCAUCUCCCUGCUGACUUCAAGCUACUGACAGGCGAAGCGCUGAAACACAGAUUGAGCUCCUGGUUGACAGAUAAUCCAGCCUACUCAAUCGAAGAGUUUCUUGACAAGACCAAAGACAGUGGACUUAACUUAAGAACAUGA